GUCGCACAAUAUCAACUACAUAAAUUUCAGAAUAUAGCUAGUCCCUCGUUGAGUUUCCGUAAUGAUUAAAUGAAAUAAGUGAAUUCCCAUAGAUUAGAAUGGCAACGUUAAACAGAAUUUUUCGGCAGAUUUGUUCGAGAAAAAAAUUCUUUCAAACGAGAAAAUUGACAUUGAAGACGAAUACGUGCAAUGAAAAUAGAAGUUUAAAAUUAACUUUUGCUGUCGGAGGAACUUUAGCUCUAUAUACAGCGUAUAAACUGAAAGUUUCUGAAGUGCAUGCUAGUCAGUUGAAGCCUGAAAAAGAUACGAAACAAGUGAAAUUAACAUCACGCGAAAAAAGAUUCAUCAGAUUCGCAUCAGUGGAAUAUAAUGGCCAACUCUAUAUGACUCCAAAAGAUUUUUUGGAGUCUGUAGUUGAAGCAGAACCAAGACCUAGACUCAAAAGGAAAAAUCUUACUGAUAAAGAUAUAGAGAAAAUGAAGGAAUAUACUCCACCUCUAAAUCAAGGUGGUUCUAGACUCUUUCGAAAUUUGAGGGACAAAGGAAUCAUUUCAUACACAGAAUAUCUGUUUUUGCUAUCAGUAUUAACAAAACCCCAAUCUGGCUUCAGAAUUGCCUUCAAUAUGUUCGAUACAGACGGAAAUCAAAAAGUUGACAAAAAUGAAUUUUUGGUUAUUACGAAUUUAUUCGGCAGUAAAAAGAAUGAAGAACUACAGCGUAUGGAAAAAAUAUUCAGCCAUGCUUGGCGAGGAAAAAGAGGACUUUCAACCGAUGCUGACAAGGUGGCAACUAUACAAGAUCAAUAUGUUGACGAUGAAGAAGGGCUACAAAGGAAACAUUUAGUUGACACCUCCCUCAGCUUGCAUUUUUUUGGGCCAAAGGGAAACAAUGAGCUCAAUUUCGAAAGUUUUAGGCAGUUCAUGCUCAAUUUGCAGAUGGAAGUACUGGAACUUGAAUUCAGCGAAUUUGCCAAAGGUCUGCCGACUAUAUCUGAAGUUGAUUUCGCCAAAAUUCUGCUUAGGUACACUUAUCUGGACACAGAUGAGUAUGAUAUGUACCUCGAUCGACUUUUAGAUAGAAUCAAAGAAACCAAAGGCAUAACAUUCGAUGAAUUUCAUGUUUUCUGUUUGUUUCUCAACAAUCUGGAAGACUUCAGCAUAGCCAUGAAAAUGUAUACUCUAGCGGAUCACCCAAUUUCUAAAGAUGAAUUCCACAGAGCUGUGAAAAUAUGUACCGGAACUAGUUUGAGUCCACAUUUAAUCCACACUGUCUUUGCAAUUUUCGAUGAUGACGGUGAUGGAUUGUUGAGUUACAGAGAGUUUAUAGCAAUUAUGAAAGAUCGUCUCCAUAGAGGAUUCAAAUCCUAUCCCAAGAAUGAAGGAUGGGAGGCUUUCAAAGUGUGUGUAAAACAAGAAAUGAAGGCAACGUAAUAGAUUUCCUUUCCUUUCAUUUGUGUGAUAGUUUUAUUUACUUUCUUUUCUUUUAUGUACUUAAUUUUCUAUGAAUUUUUAUUAGUGAUGAUGAUCUUGUUGAAUUGUAGGUAUUGAUUUGUUAUGUAUUUUAUCGUUUUAUAUGCAUUGUAGUUUUAUGUCAAAUGAAAAAAUGGAUGAGGAAUCUAGUCAGAUAAUGUACAGCAUCUAAACCUAGGGAAACUUAUAACUAACAGAUUUUUAUACUUGUUAUUAAUGUAUUAUUUAUCAGAAUAUGUGGAUAUGGAGUUCUAUGAAAUUAAUCAUAAUGUGAUUCCAUUCAGUAUUCCUUGUCUGAGUUUUUUCUAGUCAUGUUUAAUUGGUAUGUUCAAUAUGUAGAUAUUUAUGCACUGUUAUUAAAAUCUAUAAACAUUUGAUUCUUCAAAGUA